AUGAACUCCACUUUGUGUCACCCAUGGGAUGAUGCCAUCUUGCGCCUGUGCACAAGGCCACGGUCCUGCAUAUUACUCGAAACAAAAAGACAUAUUUAUGCUUUUGCUAUCAGACUGCAUAGGACCGAGAAAGACCAUAACGACAAUUUUGAUACCGAAUAUCUAAGUAUUCGGACGCUUUUAUAUCAAUUGCUUCAUGCACCAACCACCAAGUUGCGAAAUCCUGUUCCAGUCGUUGUACUGGUCAAUCAACACGUGCGAGAGAGCAAGCGCCAAAGACUUCGAGAGGAUGGGGCCACUGUUGUCGAAGUUGAAGGCAUCCCUGAAGGUCGCUGGGGCGAUAUGGCAACCAAGCUGCGCAUUUUCGAUCCCACAGUGGUCCCUUACGACAAGCUCCUUUUCAUGGAUGCCAGCACAGUUUUAACUCAUCCGAUUGACAAAAUCUUCGACGACCUGAGUUCUGUACUAACUGAAAUUGAACAUAAUUCGCAGAUGACUUCAGAAGAUGAGAGUGUACUGCCUAAGAAGUUUGUCAUGGUAGCAUCGCCUGUGACGGCGACAGACUCCGAUACUCCAGACUCAGCACAAGUAUCAACUCUAUUCUGCAACGGGCUGUUCAUGUAUUCACCAUCCACCGACUUGUUUCAAUAUUAUCGAGGACUGCUCGGCCAAUCCGGUCUGUUUAAUGCGGAUGAGGAGGGUCAUGAUCUGCUGAAUUAUGCCCAUCGUCGAGGAGGACCUAUGCCCUGGAAAAGCCUGCAUGGCUCAUGGUAUCUGAAUUGGCCGGGGGACAAUGACUUGUAUGGAAAUACACCACUAUUGCAUAGCAAGUGCCAGGCUCGAGAUGGCGAAUACUCAUAUUUGCGUAAUGCGGUGGAUAGAUAUGCCCAGGCACGGAGAUGGACGAUGGAAGGCUUUUGGAUUGCAGAAGCAAAAAGGUCUACAUAA